GAGGAGAGGAGAGGAGGGGAAACAGCUCUGACAUAUUUAACACACACUCCCACAUUCUCAACAUACUCACACACACUGUGAGACAGGCAGACAGAGACAGCAGACAAAACUCACCGUAGGUAGACCUCAACACAGACAGACUGACCCAGUCUGAGACAGACGGCAGGCAACAUGUUUCUGUGGCGGCUCCCCCAGGCAGUGUGUCUGGUGUCGGUGUGUGUGUCGCUGACUCUUGGGUAUGAGGACGAUAUCGAGGUGAACUAUGGUGACAGUUACUACAACGAGAUCACAGAGGGAGAGCCACUGGAGACCACCCCAACCCCAACCCCAACCCCCUGUACGGCUACAGACAUCACUAAAUGGGACAAGCUCUUCUCCAUGCUGGAGAACUCUCAGAUGAGGGAGAACAUGCUUCUGCAGUACUCCGAUGACAUCAUCAAGGUGGAGUUGGGAUCGCUGCGUGGAGAGAUGCUAAGGUUUGUGGCUCAGUACGGAGGGGCCUGUGGCGUUGCAGUGGAGACCGCUGGGCGGAAGAUGUCUAUGCAGAUGGAGGCUCGCCUCAGGGAGAGCAUGGAGCAUCUCAGGCAAGAUCAGAGCACUGCUGCUGGGAAAUCUGCAGGUAAUUCUGGGAAUAGCCACCAGGAGACACUGUUACAGCAGCUCAUCACCGCGGUGCGGACACAGGCUUCCCGACCCAUCAAGCUAGAAAACAGCUGCCUGAGUAAUCCAGGACCCGUAACGCCACCAGAGGCAAAGGGGGGAAACCUGCAGCAGGAUGUGGUGUCGGCAGAGAUGCUGGAUGCCCUGGUGACAGAGCUGGCGAAGACGAGGGCAGUGCUAGAAAUAGCGCUCAAGUCGGCACGGCAACGACACCUGCCCGCAGGCUGUGAGACCGCUCUUCUCUUCCCUAUGCGUUCCCGUCGCAUCUUCUCCUCGGUGACACCAGACCUCCCUCUCUCCCUCUCUUCCUUCACCGUGUGCCUGUGGGCCAAGCCCGUUUCCAUCUCCAACAGAACCGUGCUGUUCUCCUACGGAACCAAACGGAACCCCUAUGAGAUCCAGCUCAUUCUCAGCGGAACCAGGGCUCUCUUCACCGUGGGAGGAGAGGCUCACCUGGUGGAGGGGCGGGGCGUGGUGAGAGGAGGAAUUUGGACCCACAUAUGUGGGGCUUGGAGCUCUGAGCAGGGCAUAGCGUCACUAUGGGCCGAUGGACACAGAGUGGCAUUCACACCCGGGGUGGCCGAGGGCCACGUGUUACCCAAUGGAGGCUCACUCCAGCUGGGGCAGGAGAAAAACGUCGGUGGGGUCUCUGGAGGGUCAGGUGGCAGUGGGAGUGAGAUGCCUGGGUUUGAGGGAGGCUUCGAUGCCAAGUUGGCGUUCAUUGGGAAGAUAACGGGGGUGAACAUGUGGGACCGAGUGCUGGCGGAGGAGGAGAUAUCCCAGCUGGCUUUGCAGGACGGCGAGGGGUGUGAGCAGAGGGGAAACGUAAUUGGGUGGGGCUUGACGGAGAUCGUGCCUCACGGGGGCGCUCAGUUCAUCAACUAACUCUGAUGACAUUUUCAUCAUCAUCACCAUCAUCAUCAUUUAAAUCAACUCUAUCAUCACCUUCAUCAUCUUCAUCAUAAUCAUCAUCAUUGAAAUGAACUUUCAUUAUCAUCAUUUAAAUUAACUCUAUCAUCACCUUCAUCAUCAUCAUCAUCAUCAUCAUCAUCAUCAUCAUCAUCAUCACCAUUAUAAACUAACCCUAAGACCUGCAGUGCAGAACAGCCCAACCGGCUGAGACUGCAACAAUAAUGUGAACAUGAACAACAACAACAACAACAACAGCUCCCUUUAAUGGUUAAAGAGACUGGAGACUGGAAAAGAAUGUGCCCUGUUUGAGGAGCGUUUCCCAUUUAGAGAUGCAGGACAGUGAGAAGCAUUAGUAUACAUAGCCUUAGGAGGAGAAGUGGAGAAAACAGCAUUUACCAAAGAGUUCAAGAGAAGAAAGGAGUGGAAGAACAGAGGAGAGAGAGAGAGAGAGAGAAAGAGACAAAGAGCUCAUUGUGUGGAAGGAGGGAUGCUUUGGGUCAACUGUCACAAAAGCAGUCUGCUAGGGUCAUCACUAGAUGGCCAAGCUAGAGAGGACAACAUUGGCUAUAUCAUCAGAAGUAUUGUGCAAGUACGUUAGCUGUUUGUUAUUAAUCAAGUGUUAGGGUCAAGGGGUAAGGUACAGUGGCUUGCGAAUGUAUUCACCCCCCUUGGCAUUUUUCCUAUUUUGUUGCCUUACAACCUGGAA